CCCUAAUGACGCGCAGGCGCAGUGCAGGUGUUCGUCAGUGCUGAGUUUGUUCGGACGCGUUUCUCUCAUUCUGUCUCAUUUAUUCUCAUUAUCGUCUUAUUAUUGUCUCACUGAAAAGAUGAAAUCGCUGCAUAAACUGCUGCUGCUGCUGUUACUGGCGUUUCCCGCCGCGCUGCUCAUGAAAGGUCCGGCGGUGGCUGCACAGGAUGCGACUGAGGACGAGGAGGCGGUGGAUGAAGAUAUGGCUGAUGAUGUCAUCGCUGAAGAUGAGGAUGAUGAAGCAGAAGUGGAGGAUGAUGAAAACACUGAACUAACUGAAGAGAAAGAGGAAGAGGAGGACGAAGGUCUGGUGGGAGAGAUGAAGGCUUCACCAAACGCUGACACAACCAUCCUCUUCGUCAAAGGAGACGAUUUUCCGGCGAACGACAUCGUGAAGUUCCUGUUGGGCUUCUCUAAUAAAGGCUCGGAGAACUUCGUGGUGGAGUCUCUGGAUGCUUCGUUCCGUUACCCGCAGGACUUCCAGUUCUACAUCCAGAACUUCACGGCUCUUCAGCUCGGGACGGUGGUUCCUCCACAGCGUCAGGCCACGUUUGAGUAUUCCUUCAUCCCGGCUGAACCCAUGGGCGGUCGACCCUUCGGUCUCGUCAUCAACCUCAACUAUAAAGACAACAGCGGAAACGUGUUUCAGGACGCCGUGUUUAAUCAGACGGUCACGAUCACGGAGCGAGAGGACGGACUCGACGGAGAGACGAUCUUCCUGUAUGUGUUUUUGUCUGGUCUCACUCUGCUGGUUGUGGUCGGUCUACAUCAGCUGCUCGAGUCACGCAAGAGGAGGAGACCAGCAGUUAAAGUAGAGAUGGGAACAUCAAACCACAAUGAUGUGGACAUGAGCUGGAUCCCACAGGAAACACUCAACCAGAUCAUGGCGAGUCGGCGAGAUAAAGCGUCUCCCAGACAGUCUCCACGCAAGAGAACACAGAAACGCUCGGCCGGAUCAGACGAAUGAGACGAGACGACCGUCAAUAUCACGCCAUUCAUCUGUGUGUUCUGUUGGGACGACAAAACCCAUCCGUCACUGAACCCUUCGAGAGACUGAUACACACACACACACACACACACACACACUGAUACACAACAACACAAACACAUUUUAUAAAGUCGUGAAUGAGCGCAUCAUUGAAGAGGACGUGUGCUGUUAAAGCUUCUGUAUUCUUCAGUUUAUUUCUGAAAUUGUCUCAUGAGGAUUGCAAAGAUACACAAUUUAUUUAGUUUUUAUUUGUCUGUAUGUGUGUGUUUCUGCUGAUGAUGACGUGCGACUUCAGUUGAAACGCUUUUGUGUUUUUUCAGUCUAUGAAUUGAAAUCGGCUGAUUUAAACAUGCAAAAUAAUUCAUUUGCUUUGAGAAGGUGCCUGAUUUUUCUUUUUUUUUUGUGACAGAUUUUUGCUUUGUGUUUCUCUGUUUCACACACAAGUGGUGAAAUGUACACACAUGAUGGCGAGACGUGCGUGUGUGUGUACGAGCUCAUAUUAGCUGGAAACAGAUUGUGUGUUUGUGAUUAUCAGUUUUUUUCUGCAGAAACACACAAUCUCUUUCUGUUUUUGACGUGAGUUUAUAGUUCAUUGAAACUAUUUUGUAAUUCUCUUUAUUCAUCAGCUGCAUUUCAGGAAGAGAAAAACAUUUUUCCCAUGUUUUUGUUUUUGUAAAAGUAAUAAAUUGUGACUGUUGUAAGCGUUAUCAGCUAAACUGUAAAGUGAUUUUUCCACACGAGUGAAUGUGAGAUUUACAGUUAAAUAAAUAAAUGAUCACUUUCUCAUA